AACAGCCUGAAGGCGCAGAUAAAAUAGUAGGAGCUGUUGUGAGGGUGAGGAGGCAUGGAGAAUCCCGAUGCUGCGAGCCACAGACCACAGCCAGGCAGCGCGGAGAAAGAGACCGGCCCGACGCACCAAAUCACGCAGCCCCUCCUUCGCCUUCGCUUGCUGCUCCCUCGAUCGCACUCCGCGUCUCUGAUUUCCGCCGAUCCAUUUGCUUCGCGGCUGCGACUGCGAAAUUGAGUGUUCUGGGUCUGGAAUCGGACGGAUCUAUGGUGAGGGUGGAGGAGGCCGGGGAUAGGGAGGAAAACAAGGAGGAGGAGACCAGCUGGUGGUCCCCUGAAGCUGUCGAGGGAGGCAGGGGCGGGGAAGGGCCCAGCGAAGGGAGUCGAGGAGGAGGAGGCGGAGGUGGUGAUGGUGAUGGAGGGCGACCUGAUACGCUGCCGCCGCCGCCCUACUCGGACCAGGUGCUGGAGAACGUGCUGGAGAACGUGCUUCAGUUCCUGGUCUGCCGGAGGGACCGGAACGCGGCGUCGCUGGUUUGCCGGUCCUGGUACCGCGCCGAGGCGCAGACCCGGCGCGAGCUCUUCGUCGGGAACUGCUACGCUGUGUCGCCGGCGCGUGCGCUAUGGCGGUUCCGCGGCGCCCGGGCGUUCGUGCUCAAGGGGCGCCCCCGUUUCGCCGAUUUCAACCUGGUUCCGCUUGGCUGGGGCGCCCGCUUCUCCCCGUGGCUCUCCGCUAUGGCCUCCGCCAGCCCCUGGGUUGAGCGCGUCUGCCUCAAGAGGAUGACUGUCUCCGACGCCGACCUCGCCCUCCUCGCCCGCUCCUUCCCCUCCUUCCGCGAUCUCACGCUCAUAUGCUGCGAUGGGUUCGGCACCCCUGGUCUCGCCGUCAUCGCUGAGCUCUGCAGGAAUCUGAGGGUCUUGGAUCUGAUCGAGAACGAUGUGGAGGACGAGGACGAGGAGCUCGUCGACUGGAUCUCGAGGUUCCCGGAGGCAACCACCUCUUUGGAGUCGCUCUCGUUCGAGUGCGUGAAUUGCCCAGUGAACUUCUCUGCCCUGGAGGCCCUGGUCGCUCGUUCGCCAUCCCUCCGGCGGUUGCGGGUGAACCAGAAUGUCUCUCUUGGCCAGCUCCGCCGCCUCAUGAUCCGGGCGCCGCAUCUGACCCACCUCGGCACCGGUUCCUUCCGGCCCGGCAUCGCUGAAGAUCUCAACGCCGCUGACCUCGAGCAAGCCUUUCUCGCUUCCAAGUCGCUCAUUUGUCUUUCGGGGUUCCGCGAGGUGGCGACGGAGUACCUCCUGGCCGUCCUUCCCGUCUGCGCCAACCUUGUCUCGCUCAACUUAAGCUACGCCGUGAUCACCGCUGAACAGCUCAAGCCUGUGAUGCUCGAAUGCCACAACCUCCGCACCUUCUGGGUUCUUGAUACCGUCGGUGAUGACGGACUACUCACGGUGGCCAAGGGAUGCAAGAACCUCCACGAGCUCAGAGUGUUUCCCUUCGAGGCCACCGAGGACUCAGAGGGCUCCGUCUCCGAUGCUGGUCUUGUGGCCAUCUCAAACGGAUGCCGGAAGCUCCAAUCGAUCCUGUUCUUCUGCCAGCGAAUGACGAAUGCUGCCGUCGUAACCAUGUCCAAGAACUGCCCGGACCUGGUAGUGUUCCGUCUCUGCAUCAUGGGCCGCCACCGCCCCGACCACGUCACCGGCGAAUCUAUGGACGAAGGCUUCGGAGCCAUUGUCAUGAACUGCAAGAAGCUCACUAGGCUCGCCGUCUCCGGCCUGCUCACCGACAAAGUGUUCGAAUACAUCGCAACCUAUGGCAAGCUGGUUAGAACCCUCUCGGUGGCGUUCGCCGGAAACACUGAUUUGAGCCUGAAGUACAUGCUCGAAGGCUGUCACGGACUGCAGAAGCUGGAGAUCAGGGACAGCCCUUUUGGCGAUGCAGGCCUGCUCUCUGGCAUCCGCCAUUACUACAACAUGAGGUUCUUGUGGAUGUCCUCAUGCAAGCUGUCUUUAAGUGGUUGCAAGGAGGUGGCUCAGAGGAUGCCUAACUUGGUGGUGGAAGUGAUCGGAGAUUCGCCCAAGGACCUUGACAGCGAUGCCGUGGAGAAGUUGUAUCUGUACCGGUCCCUCGAAGGGCCGAGGGACGAUGCACCUCCGUUCGUCAGCAUCUUGUAGGGAGAAGAAGCAACCAAGGAGCCCAUGGUAGUCAGAGGACCGGAUAUGUGAUCCAGCAGAGUGAAUUUGGUGAGCAAUUCCCACAACUCACUUGAUCGCACACUCAUUCACCAUGCACGAAGAAGACGAUGCAAUUCUUGAUUCUCUAUUGAUAUCUUGUCCAUGGCCUCAUCUCUGCGACAAAUUCGAGAAGAUGAUUUCUUCACUGAGCUUUCGGAUGGAUAGAAAAUGCACCGUAAGUCUCCAGGUUUGUUCAUGUUCCUUUGUAUUCUGGAUAUUGAAACUUUGCUAUGUCUCGCUCGAUUUCAAUUACUUCCAUGAUCGUUUCUUUUCUUUUUUGAAGAAUUUCCAGACUUAAAUGAAAAGUCUCCAGUUUCAUCCCCAUAUCUUUGGUUCUUGACGUCCCCAAAUGUUCUUUGCUUUGCUAUUUAGUUGACUUGUGGCACUGUUUAAUUCUUGAAA